UUUGCAGGCCCCCCUAAUUCCCUUCUCCCAUCCUCUCUUCUUUAAUUUCUCUGCUUAGGGUUUCUUCCUUUUCAAAUUUAAUAAUUAAUUAAUUCUUCCAUCCUCUCCUCUCCUCUAAUUCUUUUUUUUAUAUAUAUAUGCUUCUUCUUCCCUUUUCCCUUUUGGAGCCUCCUUGAAGAAGUAAUUAAAGAUCUCAAAAGAUCAGGGAAAUGGCUUGUUCAAGUUCAAGCUACUCGAACUCGCCAUGUGCGGCAUGCAAGUUCUUGAGAAGAAAAUGUUUAGCAGAAUGCAUAUUCGCGCCCUACUUCCCACCCGAGGAGCCGACCAAAUUCACCAACGUCCACAAGAUAUUCGGAGCGAGCAAUGUGAGCAAGAUCCUCAACGAGGUCCAGCCCCACCAGCGGGAGGACGCUGUAAACUCUCUUGCCUACGAGGCUGAGGCCCGCAUGAAAGACCCCGUCUACGGCUGCGUCGGUGCCAUCUCCGUCCUCCAGCGUCACGUCCUUCGUCUUCAGAAGGAACUCGACGCCACCAAUACUGAUUUGGUUCGAUACUCCACCGCCACCGCCACCGCCACCGCCCGCCCCGCAAGAAGGCCGCCUCGCCAUCAUUCUGGUGUGUAUUUUACUUCAAAUGAUCAUGAUCAUCCUUAUAAAGAUCAGGAAAGGGAGUAGUUGAUAUCUUUUAGUGCCAUAUUGUGAUUUGUAAGUGAGAGAUAGACACCCUUUUCUUUGUCCAUAACAUGUACUUUCUUCUAAGAUAUUCUUCUCUGUGUUAGUCUAUCACUUUUGUUAUUUGGAUGGCCAUGAUUUAACUUAAGUUA